AUGUGCUACGGAAACUACUUUGGUGGCCUGGGCUACGGCUCUGGCAUCCUGGGCUUUGGCUAUGGUGGCCUGGGCUAUGGCUAUGGUGGCCUGGGCUACGGCUAUGGUGGCCUGGGCUAUGGCUAUGGUGGCCUGGGCUAUGGCUAUGGUGGCCUGGGCUAUGGAGGCUGUGGCUGUGGCUGUGGCUCUCGAUAUGCAUACAGCACCUAUCGUCCAUGCUGCUAUGGAAGAUUUUCCGGUUUCUAUUAA